AUGGGGAAAGGCACAGAGCCAGAGCCCGACAGCUCGGAAGAGGAGCUGGAAGCAGGGAGCACACCCCAGGCGUGCUAUGGGCAGGGUUUGUGGGUCUCCCGAAGCGGGAAAGCAGCCACCUGCCUGGGUGAUGCUGAAGGGAUGAAGGUGAGGAAGAGGAGCAGGCCGGUGCGCUCCAAAGCCAGGAGGAUGGCUGCCAACGUCAGAGAGCGCAAGAGGAUCCUAGACUACAACCAAGCCUUCAAUGCCCUGCGGCUGGCCCUCAAACACGACCUGGGGGGCAAAAGGCUUUCUAAAAUCGCUACCCUGCGGCGAGCCAUCAACAGGAUCACGGCUCUGUCCCUGUCCCUGCAUGGUGCCGGCUGCUGCUGGCACUCCGAGUGUCGCAGCCGGGCCGGGGUCCCUCGCUGCCCUCCAUCCCCUCUCUACACUGUGUUUUCCCCCGAGAGGCAGCUCCAUCACUACGAGAGCCUGAAGGAGGAUCGCUCAAUGCCUAGCCCUGCCUAUUGCUCCAGCGGGACCCACCACCCUGGGCUGCGAGGUGCCUGCCAGCAGAGAUACACGGGCAGCCUGCAAGACCCCCUGUCCGGGGCCAUCCCCUGGCAGCUGGGCUAUUGCCAGAGCUGGGGACACCAGCAAUGCCUCCCUAUCCACUGA